CCAGCAGUGUAAAAAAGUUACACCAGUCAUAUGUGUGUCUGUGUCCAUAGUUCCAUGUUCAUUCACCCCGUCGUUAAUAGGCUACCUUUUCCUUCAGACAUGUGCCACUCAUUUGUUUGGCGAAAAGUGAAGGGAAUUAACCGUGCAUAUGGUGUCGCACGAGCUACUGGACCCGACAAGGUUCCCUCUCCCAGGGCAGAGACCCGCGACAGUGAGUAAGCUGUGAGCGGUUGCCAUGGAUAGCAUGCUGCGCCACGGACAACGGUCCGGUGCAUUAAGUGUGCCUCGAAACUCCAUAUUGGAGUUCCUCGGUUGAAGCCUAUUCUAUCCGUUGCUGAAAUUAUUUAUUGAUGGACAACGAAAGAGGACUGACUCUCUUUGACCGAUCAUUACUAUAUGUUAUUAAAUAAAAAUUGAAAGAUAACUUAAUAACGGUACAAAGGCGAGACGAAUAGGCUACCUGGCAUGAGACACAGUGCAACGUGUCCCCCAUACAGCUGGCCCUGGGUCAAGAAGAUGACUCUCCAAGCCCCAAGAGCUCCUCAGCAGACGGGUCGUCCUCUAAGACGGUGGGUCUCCUGGGGAGUCAGACUCCCCUUUCCCCCCUGAGUCGCUGGAUGCUCCAGAGUAAAAGUCGGGCAGCCAAUGCCACCUCCCUGGAGCUGCCCUACCGCUCACCCAUACCCUUCUCCAAGCAGGAGUUCUGGGAGAUGCUGGGUAGUGACCUGAUGAAGCCAGACACCUCCACUUCCUCCCGCGUCAAACGCCGGCCCAUCGUCAAGACGGGCAAGUUCAAGAAGAUGUUUGGCUGGGGAGACUUUUACUCUAAUAUCAAGACGGUGCGCCUCAACCUGCUGAUUACCGGCAAGAUCGUGGACCAUGGCAACGGAACGUUCAGCGUCUACUUCCGCCACAACUCCACGGGCCAGGGCAACAUCUCAGUCAGCCUGGUGCCGCCGGUCAAGGCGGUGGAGUUUGACCUGGAGCGCCAGAGCGUGGUCUACCCCAAGGACUCUAAGAUCUUCAACUGCCGCGUGGACUAUGAGAAGGUGGACCGCAGCAAGCGCACGUCGCUGUGCAACUACGACCCGUCCAAGACCUGCUUCCAGGAGCAGACACAGAGCCAUGUCUCCUGGAUCUGUUCCAAGCCCUUCAAGGUCAUCUGUAUCUACAUCUCCUUCUACAGUACAGACUACCGCCUGGUCCAGAAGGUCUGCCCGGACUACAACUACCACAACGAGAUGCCCUACCUGCCCUCGGGCUAGAGGGGGACACACAGGAGGGGGAGAGGAGGGACGAGGGGGGGAGUGACUCUGUAGGGUGAGGGGCCACCAGAUUGAGCUGAAUUCAACUUUUUAUGUAAUUUGCUGCAACUCCUCACCAGACAACCCCUCGCUGUAGCCAGACUACUGUACCCUGUAAAAACGUAUAUAUGCAAAAAUUACAGUAUGCACAUUGAGGCAUUGAUAUUUAGAGUGCUGUCACGAAGCAUUCAUCGACAGAAAGAAACAGUAGUAACUAGCACGCCCAACAUCAUCACACACGUUUACCUCAACUCAAACCUCUAAUUUCGCUACCUACUUUGCUAAAUACAGAAAACACCUACAAACGUCUAUGAAUGUUUUCGUGAACUACUGCACACUGUCAUUCAGGCGAGGUAGCACUCUACUUUCAAAAGGGCAUCUUCCAUUUGUUUCUGUAUGGACCCUUGUCCCAAUCUUUCCCAAUGCUCCCAUAUCCCACCCCUCUCUCUCCCCACCCCUAUGUCAUCCCUAUAGGCUAUCCCACCCCUCUCUCUCCCCACCCCUAUGUCAUCCCGAUAGGCUAUCCCACCCCUCUCUCUCCCCACCCCUAUGUCAUCCCGAUAGGCUAUCCCACCCCUCUCUCUCCCCACCCCUAUGUCAUCCCGAUAGGGGUGGGAUAGCCUAUGUCAUCCCGAUAGGCUAUCCCAUCCCUCUCUCUCCCCACCCCUAUGUCAUCCCGAUAGGCUAUCCCACCCCUAUGUCAUCCCGAUAGGCUAUCCCACCCCAAUGUCAUCCCGAUAGGCUAUCCCACCCCUAUGUCAUCCCGAUAGGCUAUCCCAACCCUAUGUCAUCCCGAUAGGCUAUCCCACCCCUAUGUCAUCCCGAUAGGCUGUCCCACCCCUAUGUCAUCCCGAUAGGCUAUCCCACCCCUCUCUCUCCCCACCCCUAUGUCAUCCCGAUAGGCUAUCCCACCCCUCUUUCUCCCCACCCCUGUGUCAUCCCGAUAGGCUAUCCCACCCCUAUGUCAUCCCGAUAGGCUAUCCCACCCCAAUGUCAUCCCGAUAGGCUAUCCCACCCCUAUGUCAUCCCGAUAGGCUAUCCCACCCCUAUGUCAUCCCGAUAGGCUAUCCCACCCCUAUGUCAUCCCGAUAGGCUAUCCCACCCCUAUGUCAUCCCGAUAGGCUAUCCCACCCCUAUGUCAUCCCGAUAGGCUAUCCCACCCCUAUGUCAUCCCGAUGGGCUAUCCCACCCCUAUGUCAUCCCGAUAGGCCAUCCCACCCCUAUGUCAUCCCGAUAGGCUAUCCCACCCCUAUGUCAUCCCGAUAGGCUAUCCCACCCCUCUCUCCCCACCCCUAUGUCAUCCCGAUAGGCUAUCCCACCCCUAUGUCAUCCCGAUAGGCUAUCCCACCCCUAUGUCAUCCCAAUAGGCUAUCCCACCCCUAUGUCAUCCCGAUAGGCUAUCCCACCCCUAUGUCAUCCCGAUAGGCAAUCCCACCCCUAUGUCAUCCCGAUAGGCUAUCCCAUCCCUCUCUCUCCCCACCCCUAUGUCAUCCCGAUAGGCUAUGCCACCCCUAUGUCAUCCCGAUAGGCUAUCCCACCCCUCUCUCCCCACCCCUAUGUCAUCCCGAUAGGCUAUCCCACCCCUAUGUCAUGCCGAUAGGCUAUCCCACCCCUAUGUCAUCCCGAUAGGCUAUCCCACCCCUCUCUCCCCACCCCUAUGUCAUCCCGAUAGGCUAUCCCACCCCUAUGUCAUCCCGAUAGGCUAUCCCACCCCUAUGUCAUCCCGAUAGGCUAUCCCACCCCUAUGUCAUCCCGAUAGGCUAUCCCACCCCUAUGUCAUCCCGAUAGGCUAUCCCAUCCCUCUCUCUCCCCACCCCUAUGUCAUCCCGAUAGGCUAUCCCACCCCUAUGUCAUCCCGAUAGGCUAUCCCACCCCUCUCUCCCCACCCCUAUGUCAUCCCGAUAGGC